CCUCUCCGUCAGGCUCCUCACUCUCUCCCGGCCCCGCCACCCCCAGGCUGCUGGCCGGGAAGCCCUGAUGGUGGAGGCUCGGGCAAGCGAGUUGGGUGGAGGGGCAGCAGCAGUCUGGGACCUCGCCUCCCCCGUUCUAUCCCCAUUCCGCCCCUCCUGCCGCUGGCGACCUGUGGGUGGGCCAGCAGCGCCUCCGCGUGGGCGAAAUCUGAGACGCGUGCUUUCUAAGGACCCCCCUAAUCAAUGGCUUCGGAACAUUUUCGUUCACAGCCUCCUGGAGAGUCACGGCUGGCAGAGAGCUGCGUGUGGCUGUCGCUCAAGAAAGGCCGUGGGAGACGCCUGGCCCAGCCGCCAUCACCCCCACCCCUUUGCCAGCUGGGAAAGGGAGCCCUGCUCAGUCACCAGCCAGCAAGUGUCGCUCCUGAGCCGGACCCAGAGGUGUGAUCUCCAGCUGGGAGUGACUUGCAUACGUCAGUGCCACCGCCUUCUCCCUGAACCACGCUCUCCCUGUCCGACCGCCUGCAGCUGACUCUGUACCAGUACAAAACGUGUCCCUUCUGCAGCAAGGUCCGCGCCUUCCUCGACUUCCACGCCCUGCCCUACCAGGUGGUGGAGGUGAACCCUGUGCGGAGGGCGGAGAUCAAGUUCUCCACCUACAGGAAGGUGCCUAUCCUGCUGGCCCAGGAAGGAGAGAGCCUGCAACAACUGAACGACUCCUCUGUCAUCAUCAGCGCCCUCAAGUCCUACCUGGUGUCGGGGCAGCCCCUGGAUGUCAUCAUCACCUACUAUCCACCCAUGAAGGCCACCAAUGACCAGGGCAAGGAGGUGACCGAGUUCUGCAACAAGUACUGGCUCAUGCUAGACGAGAAGGAGGCCCAGCGCAUGUAUGGCGGGAAGGAGGCCAGGACGGAGGAGAUGAAGUGGCGGCAGUGGGCCGACGACUGGCUGGUGCACCUGAUCUCCCCCAACGUGUACCGCACGCCCGCCGAGGCCCUGGCCUCCUUCGACUACAUUGUCCGGGAGGGCAAGUUCGGGGCCGUGGAGGGCGCCAUGGCCAAGUACGUGGGCGCAGCUGCCAUGUACUUCAUCAGCAAGCGGCUCAAGAGCAGGCACCACCUCCAGGAGGAUGUGCGCGAGGACCUGUAUGAGGCUGCCAACAAGUGGGUGGCAGCUGUGGGCAAAGACCGGCCCUUCAUGGGGGGCCAGAAGCCCAACCUGGCUGAUCUGGCGGUGUAUGGUGUGCUGCGCGUGAUGGAGGGCCUGGAGGCCUUCGACGACCUGAUGCGGCACACCCGCAUCCAGCCCUGGUACCUGCGGGUGGAGAAGGCCAUCGCCGCCGAGGCCCUCCAGUGAGGGCCCCCCGCGAACCCCCCGGGAGGAACCGGAGACCGAGGAGACGCAGCUGCCGGCACCAGGGCCACUGAGCCAGCACUCGGCGAUGCUGUGCAGGGUGACGGUCAUUCUACCUCCUGUCCACGCCCACCCCACAGCGUUCUGUCUAACACUGGACACCUGCGGGGGCCCUGGGGUGCUGGGGACACAGCCCCUGAGGGGCACAGGGAGGCUACCUCGCUCCUCCCGGCCCCGACUCUCAGCGGCUGCCCUGCCUAACCCUGUGGGUGGGAACUGGGUUGGGCCCCGCCCUGGACAAGGGAAGUAGGGACAUCCCGGGUGAGGGAGAGCCCCCUCCUUGGCUCCUCAUGUUCCCGCUCUUCCUA